UUUGUAUUUUCAGCAGAUUCCCUAAAACACAAAACUCAUCCUCUGUGAUUGGUUGUGGCUCAGCAUGCUCCAUUGUUCCAUCAGCCCGUUUGUUCGCUUGGUUUCCUAUGCACAAACAAAACUUUCCUGCCAUCCUGGGCAAUAUUGGGCUCCUCCGUGCUUUGACAACCCGAAUUAUUGGAAUCUCUGACUUUUUCUAAGGGGAAAAAGAGUGUUUUUUGGCAGGAUGUACAGCUUCAUGGGAGGUGGGUUGUUCUGUGCCGGAGUUGGGAACAUACUCCUCAUUGUCUCCACGGCAACUGACUACUGGAUGCAGUAUCGGCACUCCAGCAAUUACAUGCACCAGGGCCUGUGGCGGUACUGUGUGCCCGGGAAAUGCAUGACACAUACAGACAGUAUUGCAUACUGGGAUGCCACCCGGGCCUUCAUGAUCCUUUCCCUGCUGGCUUGUUUCAUUGGCAUUGUGAUUGGCGUCAUGGCCUUCAUCCACUACUCCUCCUUUGACGGGUUUGACAAGACAUUUGCAGCUGGCAUCCUCUUCUUUAUCUCCUGCUUCUUUGUGUUGCUGGCGAUGGCUGUAUACACAGGGGUGACGGUGAAUUAUUACGGCAAACGCUAUGGCAGCUGGCGAUUCUCCUGGUCCUAUAUAAUGGGCUGGGUGGCAGUGGUGCUCACGUUCUUCUCAGGUAUCUUCUACAUGUGUGCCUACCGGAUGCACGAAUGCCCAAGAAACUCUAACUCGCGCUGACCUGCCGAACACUUCAACAUAUGUUCUCACACGUGUACCAGCACUGGUCCAUAACCUGCGACCAGGAGGAACCAAUACACCCCCUUGAACUUUCCAACAUCUUCUUAAAUAGUCAAGACUAAGCAAAAUAAAUGAGAAAAAUGUUGUUGCCUGUCUUGUCUCUGCUCUAUCAUUGUGCACACUAUCAGGACCAGCAAAUAAACUUGAUGGUAAACUACCCACAAAAACACAAAGGAAGCCUUGAAAAACUACAAGCAUAUCUGCUUAGUCAUCGGCUUUGAUGCAGUUUCAGAUUUAAACGUGAAGGUUGAAAGCCAUGCCUGAGAAAACACCCCACAGUGAUGCUCAAUUUUCACAGGAAAGCUUUGAGGUUAUGAAUAAAUGACUCGGAAAUCAUGAAAAUAUUUCAUUUUGUUUAAUUUAGCUAAUCGUUGUGCAAUAAGCAACAGUUUUAGCUUCAUAUAUCAACCCAGAAAAACACUGGGAAUGCAAAUGUGAACCAUCUUAACUUAAAGGAACUUCACUGCCAAGAGAGACUGUUUAUCAAUAAAGUCACAGUGCAGAUACAGCCUUAAGCCUGGCAUACAAAACAAAGUUUAAAAAAGAUGAAGAAAAAAGUCAAAACAGUCAACAGAGAACGGAAGUUAAUGUUUUGAGUAUUUAGAUAAUGCUGCGAUAA